AUGGAGAGCCAGCAGGAGCGCGAGCAGCCGAAUGGGAUGCAGCUGCAGCAACAGCAACAGCAACCAUGCAACCUUUUUGGCAGCAGCAGUGGCCUUCGCAGUUGCCAAGGACCUGCGUCGAAAGCUACUGUCAACAACACCUCAACACCUCAAGCAUACACCCAGCCAACACCGUCUCCCUCUGACGCCUUUGCGCUCGGCGGCUUCAACAAUCCGAUCGUUCUCGAUCCAGAACUUCGGAAGCCUCGGCCGGACCAGCAAGCGCAGGAGCAGGCCGGUGUCGAUGUGGAGCUUCCCCAGAAUGAUGGCGACGACUUGCCCGAUCUUGGUACGGCGAACGAUGAGGUUGCCGUUGCUGCAGGGCCAAACGACGACGGAUCGCGACUUCAUUCGCAGCAGCCAGCUCGACCGAAUGCAUCUGACUUGAGUGCCAGAACACAAGCGAGUAUCGUCCACAAGCAGCAUCUGGAUAAAUCAUAUCUCAGAAUCUCGCCAGAUCUGGCGGAAAAGGUGCAGGAACUCACACGCGGUAAAGGUUGGCCUCAUCAAAAAGUCUGGCACUGGUACUACAACGGUAUGCCGGUCGAAGAAGCUCCUGGGGUAGCCAAUGAUCCGCCUGUGUCGUCCGCGCCGCUCGAGGCGCUCGAAAGCGAAGGUGUCUAUGAAUUUUUCGAUUGGUAUCACUACCGCUUCCGCCGCAGGUACGAAGGUCUCAACCCUCGACAAUGCAAGAUUGUGCGAUUUUCCGGUAUGGAUGUCGAGGUGAUGCUGCUGGCAGGGAACGACGCAGGACAAGAAGGCAGCAAGAUUUUGCUGGAUCACAUACUCAGUGCGAAGGAAGAAUUCCCCAAUCUCGAGGAGCUUUCUUUCGCGGAGUGUGUGUUUGGUCCUCCAACAGAGGCCAGCUGUGGCAUCAAGGAACUCUUCAGAACCCGAUUUGCCCACAAAUGCCAGUUGACCUGCACCGGCGCCUUUGCAUGGUGCUUAACUUUCAGUGCCACUCAUCGUGGUCAUCAAGGAGACGAAAAGCCUCGCACUGAAAACUUCAAAGUAUCAAUCACACACUUUCGAGCAAAGAAAGCAUUCGAUGAGGAACGGGCCAAAUUGCGAUUGCUAUGUCAAGAAUUGGGCAUCGAGACAGUCGAAGAGCGUUUGUGCCGCGAUGUCGUGGAUGACAUGGACGGCAUUCGGCACAAGUUCGAACACUCGAGUGACUUCACCAGACUCAUGGAACUGCGACAUGUCCUUGCUUGCUUGUCAAUCCAGAGUACUCUGGAGCGACAGAUUGAAGACCAUAAACGCAACCAUAAAGAGACAGGCUUGGUUCAGACUGAGCCUUCUGGAUUCCAUCUCUUAGCUAUCGACAACUCUAAAAGCUCACAUGCCUGGAGAAUCUUCACUGAGGCGAUGACGUUCGCUGAGACUUGGUUUCCACGACUGUUCUUCACAGAUGACCUGAGGGUGAAGUACGGCAAUCCUUGGACGACCCCGGAGACGAUAGAAGACAAGGAGCCGGCGAGUACCACUGGAGGAAGUCAACCCGUCGCAUCGGAUGAUACUAAUAGUGCGGUCGAUACGCCUCAGCCAUAUAGCGGCGACGGAGGUGCCCUCGCGCCCUCAAGAAAGCUCGCUGGACAGGACAAUGAUAGAAGCAAUGAGCGCCGAAGCCCGAGUGAGGGCCAGAGCCAGAAAAGACUGCGAUCUGACGAACCGUCAUCAACGAGACCUCGCCGACGAAGGAGGCAGGUGGGAGAGGUGCUCAUUUUGCCCAAGCAGCCAGCCGUUUCGAAGUCAAAUGCCGAAAGGGUUCAAGAAGCGUCCGGCAGUGUUCCCGCAGAAGCACAACCUACUAUGCCGAGUGAAAGCAUUCGAGAAGCGGCGCACAGCAGCCAUCUCGCAGAAACACCGAAUCGACUGCAAGGACAGCCUGAGCCUGGCGACGGCCUAUUGAGCCCGGAGGACUAG